AUGGUUUAUAUUAACUCAAACAUCGUUAGCGCUCUGAUACCGAAUCCGAAAAAGGUCAUCGAUGGACCCGGCGCUAGUAAUUCGUCAACGGAUGUUGAAGAAUUGCCGUCACCGAUAGAAAACUGCCUUUAUGAUCGGAGCAGUGACGUGGACGGUGCGAACAGUGGAAGCGAUGAUGAAUUGUCGUCGACUCCCGGAAUAGUGCCAAAUCACGUGAAACCAACAUGUCGCGUCCCCCCAUACAAGGAGCAGGGCACGCUGACGAUGCCCGGUUAUACGGGGCUUCGAAACAUUGGCAACACCUGCUUCAUGAAUGCUGUUCUUCAGGCGUUGGUCAACACAAAGGAUCUGAGGGAUUACUUCCUACAAAAGUUGCAUUACAUCGACAUCAAUCAGACGAAUCCAUUGGGCAUGAAGGGCCAUCUGGCAAUGGUGUUCGGCGACUUUAUGGCUGACAUGUGGAGCGGCAUGAAAGUUGUUCACGAACCGAGCAACCUGAAGAAGUUGAUUGGUCAGAAGGCAACUCAGUUUGCGAAUUACGCGCAGCAUGACGCUCAAGAAUUUCUCACCUUUCUUUUGGAUGGUUUGCACGAAGACCUCAAUCGAAUUGUAACAAAAGGCACAACGGAAACGAUCGAAUCUGAUGGACUUCCAGAUGAGGUCAUUGCUGAAAAAUCAUGGAGAAACCAUCUGGCCCGCAACGAUUCGAUAAUCGUCGAUCUUUUUCAUGGCCAACUGAAGUCCCAUCUGCGAUGUCCCGAGUGUUUUCGGGAAUCGGUUACCUUCGACCCUUUUGUUUCCUUACCAGUACCCUUUCCGAAGACUCAUCGACUAAUAUCACUGUACUUUUGGUAUAAAGAUCCUUACAUGAAGCCACUCAAGGUAUUGCUCAAGUGACA